AUGAGUUUUGGUGGUUUGAUCAAGUGUAGUAGUGCCAGAAGCGACGGUGUUGAUAUUGGCGCAAGAAUACUUGUGGCUGGUAUUGUUCCGUACAGCAACAUGCUUAGUGGUGGCGAUGAUACCAUUGUUGAGCUACCAUCACCUUUUCUCACCCAACAUAUUCCCAUACCUAUGCAAAGCUCCCCUUCCCUAUCUCUCCCCUAUAGAACAAUGGAUCAGUUGGGGGGAAAUUUUGAUCCUGGUUCAUUUGGGAGGAUGAGGGAAGAUGAGAAUGAGAGUAGGUCAGGAAGUGACAACAUUGAAGGUGCCUCCAGUGAUGAUCAGGCUGCUGAUAGAAGGCGGCCUAAGAAAUACCAUAGGCACACUCCACAUCAAAUACAAGAGCUUGAAUCUUUCUUCAAGGAGUGUCCUCACCCUGAUGAAAAACAAAGAACGGAACUUAGCAGGAGGCUUGGCUUAGAGAUCAAGCAAAUCAAAUUUUGGUUUCAGAAUAGGAGAACUCAAAUGAAGACCCAAUUGGAGCGCCAUGAGAAUGCGAUUCUUAGACAACAGAAUGAUAAACUCCGAGCCGAUAAUGAUUUCUUGAAGCAGGCCAUGAUUAGCCCGGUGUGCAACAGUUGUGGUGGUCCAGCGGUUCCCGGUGAAAUAUCUUAUGAGCAGCACCAGCUCAAGAUUGAGAAUGCUCGAUUGAAAGAUGAACUAAGCCGGGUUUGUUCUCUAACAAACAAGUUCUUGGGCUGGCCAGCCUCUUCCUCGGCCAGUCCUAUUGCUUUCCAAGGCUUAAACUCCAAUUUGGAGCUUGCAAUGGGAAGAAAUGGUUUUGGUGGCUUGAGCAAUGUGGGCACUUCACUGCCAAUGGAAUUCAACUUCUGUGAUGGGGCUCUGUUGCCGUUGAUGAAAUCUAGGUCCAAUGAAAUGCCAUAUGACAGGUCAGCCAUCGUAGAUGUUGCUUUGGCGGCUUUGGAUGAAUUAAUUAAGUUGGCACAGAUGGACAAUCCUCUUUGGAUCAAAGACUGGGAUGGUGGGAACGAAACAUUGAACCUCGAAGAGUACAGAAGAACUUUCUCCUCUUGCAUUGGCAUGAAACCAAGUGGCUACACAACUGAGGCUACAAGGGAAACUUGCCUGGUUUCCUUGGGUGGAUUGGCUCUUGUUGAGGCAUUAAUUGAUGCGAAUCGUUGGGCAGAAAUGUUUCCUUGCUUGAUUUCUAGAGCAGCAACCAUCGAUGUACUAUCCACCGGUACAGGUGUAGCCAGAGACAACGCAUUGCAAGUGAUGGAUGCUGAAUUCCAAGUUCUUUCUCCGUUGGUUCCUGCCCGUCGAGUGAGAUUCAUCCGGUUCUGCAAACAUCAUUCGGAGGGUGUGUGGGCUGUGGUUGAUGUUUCAAUCAAUACUACCCAAGAUGCCGCAAAUACGCAUACGUUUAUCAACUGCAGGAGGCUUCCUUCUGGCUGUGUCAUCCAGGAUCUGGACAAUAAGUACUCCAAAGUUACUUGGAUCGAACACUCGGAAUAUGAUGAAAGCGCAGUUCACCAUCUCUUGAGGCCAUUACUCAGUUCUGGUUUAGGCUUUGGUGCACACAGGUGGAUUAGCACACUCCAAAGGCAAUGUGAUUGCUUGGCACUCCUGAUGUCCCCUGACAUCCCCGGUGAAGAUAACAUCGGAAUAACUCCAGCCGGGAGGAAAAGCAUGUUAAAGCUUGCACAGCGUAUGACAAAUAACUUCUGUGCCGGUGUUUGUGCUUCGAGUAUGUUUAAUUGGGAAACGUUUAAUGGUGGUGGUGUGAUUGACGAUAUGAGAAUAAUGAGCCGGAAGAAUGUAAAUGAUCCCGGUGAACCUCAAGGGGUUCUGUUGUGUGCUGCAACCUCUGUUUGGAUGCCGGCAACACAGAAAAGGUUGUUCGAUUUCUUGAGGGAUGAACGGAUGCGGAUUCAGUGGGACAUUCUAUCCAACGGCGGGCCAAUGCAGGAGAUGGUCAAUAUUGCCAAGGGACCAGGUCACAACAACUCAGUCUCUCUCCUUCGUGGCAGUGCCAUCAGCACAAACGAUAACACAAUGCUAAUUUUACAAGAGACAUGGUAUGAUUCCUCUGGUGCAUUGGUAAUAUACGCACCCGUCGAUAUAUCAUCAAUGAGCAUAGUGAUAAAUGGUGGCGAUUCAGCAUAUGUAGCACUCCUACCAUCUGGAUUCGCAAUUCUUCCCCAUACAUCACCUAGUUAUCAUGGCGGGCAAAGUGAUUCCAACGGACAAAUGGUAAAACCGGACGACAACGGGAGUAUAAGCAGCAGUGGAUGCAUACUUACGGUUGGAUUUCAGAUUUUGGUGAAUAGUGUUCCUACCGCUAAGCUAACAAUGGAGUCAGUUGAAACCGUUAACAAUCUCAUCUCCUGCACAAUCAAGAAAAUCAGAGCUGCGCUUAUGGUAACAUAUCCCGAGCCAUCUCGGUAAGGUACCCCCAUAAUCAAUUUACAUAUAUAUACAUUGUGCUGUGAAGAAUAAAGAAGAUAAAAGCGGAAAGUAUAGGAGAUACAGAUAAAAUGGGAAUGAAAUGGAGACCGAGAAGAAGGGUUUCGAGUCAAGAACGAACCAAUCUCGUGUGGACUUUUGGUUCGGGUAUUGACUUGGUCAACCUCUGAGAUGCUCGGCUCUCGAUUCUCUCACAUUCGGUAAGCUUAUUUUGUUUUAUUUAUUUUUGUCAAGCCAGUGAAGCUAACAGAGAAACACAGGACGAGACAUAGCAAGACUGGUCUUAAUUUUCGUGUUCCGAGUUUAAUCAAAAUCGUGGACCAGCUGUAUCUUACAUCAGUACAUGUACUUGUUUACAGUUUGGCUUGGU